AUGCAAAACUUGAGUUUUACUCAAGAUGAUACAUUCAGCUCUUUGACCAAUGAACAAAGGGAUGUUGUUCAAGCACAAAUUAAUAUGAUUAACGCAAGUGCUGAUAUAAUUGUACCACUAACUGAUUGGCGUUCGAGAUUUAAAAAAAUCUGGAGUAAUUAUCGAUGGCGAAUGCGACAUUAUUUUUACAUUCAUCUUGGUCUUUUCUUCAUGAAUUCACUUCUAUCUGGUCUUAUUACAUGGGCUAUUGAAGACCAGAACAUACCUUUUAUUGAUUGUUGGUUUAUGGGCGCAACAUGUGUAUUUACUUGUGGAUUACAAACAUAUGACUUCGGUUCGUUUAGCCAAGCGUCACAAAUUAUAUUACUUCUAUUUACAUUGGUUUCAGGCAUAACCGUUAGUACAAUACCGGCUAUUUUUAUUAAAAUUUUUCAAGCGAAACGAAAAUCCAACACAACUGAAGACACAUCAUCAACGAGAAUGGAUGAUAAUAAUAUAUUACCCGUUCAAUCACUUGCUCGUCAAACUUCAGUUGAUCCAGUGUUAAGAAAACGUCUUCAAUCUUUACCCGAUCCUUACCAUCUUCGUAUUACAGCUUAUAUUAUUUUGAUUGUGCUUAUUAUUUCAACGUGUUUAUUUAUUUAUUUGAUCACAUUUUUUUCAGUGGGAUUUUGGUUCAAAUAUAAUUAUAUUUUACAACAUCAUUCUCGAAUAAAUGCAACAGUGAAUCCAUUCUAUGCUUCAUUAGUUGUUACAAUUACUAGUUUUAAUCAAAAUGGACUUACAUGCUGGCAAAAUGGUGCAAGUAUAUUUGUCGAUGAUAUUUUCAUGAACAUUAUCAUCAUGAUUGCUGUCAUGUCUGGAACAUCUCUAUUUCCUGCUAUUCUACGUGGAGUUGUCAAUCUCAUCAAAUUCGUUGCGCCUUGGCGGUAUAAAAUCUAUCUUGAUUAUAUCUUAUUGAAUAAUCAUCGUUUAUCUGCUGUUAUCUUUCCAUCGAUUCAAACACGACUUUAUGUAACGAGUACUAUUCUGAUGCAAAUACUUGGUGUUACAGUAGCAUUGAUACUCGAUUAUAAUAAUCUGAUUUUAUCGAUCUAUACAGGAGGCAAACGAUUUAUGAUAUUUAUGUUUCUGACAGUGAAUACUCGUUUUGCAGGCUAUUCUACAAUCGAUCUAAGUAAAUUGACUGAAGCAACAUUGAUUAUUUUUGUUCUGUUAAUGUUUGUCAAACCUCAAAUGCUAUGCACAAUAAAUGAGACGCCAUUUGAAAUGGAAUGGAUUUUACUACAAACACAACAAACACUUGAAAAUAAUAUAUCAACUGAUACCCGACGUGCGAGUGUCAAAAUGUUUCUGCCUAUCGAUCGAAUGAAACAUUAUCUUUUGAGACAAGGUUUAAGAACAAAAGCAGAAGCUGAAAAAUAUUUUGCAGAAAUGGUACGAGCAAAUCAAGUUGAAGCAGCUAUUAAUGAAUUCGCUGAAAAACGCUACCAUCAUCGUUUGAGUAUAGUAGCUAACGUACCAAGCGAUUUCAUAGAAAAUUAUCAAUAUCAUACUACAAGCGUUGGACAUCUUUCUCUUCUUCGUAUGAAACUUUUGUUAAUUAUUUUUUGUCGACAUGCUAUAGUCAGUUUAUUCAGUCUAAUAAUAUCGACGCGGACAUGGUUAUUUAUUUUUGUUUUUUUAAUAUGUGCUUUUGAAGCGUCUCUACUGACACCUAGCUGUCCGAAUGUUACUGUGUUUCGUGUUAUAUUUGAAGUCAUAAGUGCUUUUGGUGGUUGUGGUCUUUCGAUGGGAUAUUCAUCUUCGGUACCGAAUCUUGCCUCCGCAUUUACUGUGCCAAGCAAAAUAAUAUUAAUAUUUUCGAUGUGUAUGGGUAGACAUCGAGGUUUGCUCGAUUCAAUGAAAGAUCAAGAAGAAAUUGAAUAUAGUGCACAAACGUUGAUUCAAAGCUGGCGACAUCUUGCCAUGUACGAGCAACAACAACAACAAAAGAAAAAAGUCAAGAAUCGAAAACAAAUCUCAACAAUACCAGAUAACUUCAGCCCAUUAACAUCAUACAUUUCUACUCGAUUUUAA